AGUAUGCGCCGCGAUGCCCAACUGCAGCCCACGCAAUUCCAUGGUGGUGGAUGUAAAUGACAGAUGAGAGACGCGGGUCGAGCAGGCAACUCCACAAGACCGCGACUAGAUGGCACAAUCGCUGGACAUGCGAGUCAAAUAAGGAAAAAAAAGAAAAGAGAUGACCACUCACCGCCGUCACAUUAAGAGGAGCCAAACUGGAUACAAUCUCGUUCAUCUGCGCAUCAAGCGAAUCACGCACUCCAACCUGUAGGCUGCAUCUCGUAAUGUAUCCGUGACGGGAAGGCGGUAAUUCCUGCGUCCUCAUCCCCCUCACUGCCUUGCUGCAGAGUGCAAGAUUUGGGUGAUGUGUGGCUGGAAGAAAAGGGAAGCUGCUGGCUGGACGGCGAGGGGUGACUUUGGACACUUCUGCUGGUCCUGUUGGGUUUCGCCACCGUCGAUUGUAAGCCAGUCUUACAAAGGCACAGAUCUUUAUAGGCGUAUCUCCUGCGGCCAAACGUGGCCCCGCCCCAUUUAAAAGCUGCAGGUUCCAUCGCCGUCCAGCAUGACGGUUGCGACCAGCGACCCGGCAGACGAAGCGGCCGCGCAUCCCGGUCAGCCGCACGACCAUUACGACCCGGAUCCAGAUCAUGAGUGCUGCGAGAGGGUCGUUAUCAACAUCUCGGGCUUACGCUUUGAGACGCAGCUCAAGACCCUGUCUCAGUUUCCAGAGACGCUUCUCGGUGAUCCUAAGAAACGGAUGAGGUACUUUGAUCCACUUCGGAACGAGUACUUUUUUGACCGCAAUCGUCCAAGCUUUGAUGCCAUUCUUUACUAUUACCAAUCUGGAGGGAGGCUGCGCCGGCCCGUUAACGUCACUCUCGAUAUUUUUUCCGAAGAGAUUCGCUUCUAUGAACUGGGUGAGGAAGCUAUGGAAAUCUUCAGGGAGGAUGAAGGUUUCAUAAAGGAAGAGGAGCGACCAUUGCCAGAGAAUGAGUUUCAGCGACAGGUGUGGCUGCUCUUUGAGUACCCCGAGAGCUCAGGUCCAGCUCGGAUCAUCGCCAUCAUCUCCGUCAUGGUGAUUCUCAUCUCUAUCGUUAGCUUCUGUCUAGAAACACUGCCAGUUUUCCGAAAUGAAGACGAGGAGUACAAUUAUCUCUUCCAACCCAAUUCCAACAUCACCACCACCUACGAGACCUCGCCGUAUUUUACUGAUCCUUUCUUCAUUGUGGAGACCCUGUGUAUCAUCUGGUUCUCGUUUGAGUUCCUUGUUAGAUUCUUUGCUUGUCCCAGCAAAGCUGGAUUUUUUGGCAACAUCAUGAACAUCAUCGACAUCGUGGCAAUUAUUCCUUACUUCAUUACCCUUGGCACAGAGCUGGCGGAGAGGCCGGAGGAUCGAGAAGCGGGACAGCAGGCUAUGUCCUUGGCUAUCCUCCGUGUUAUUCGUUUGGUCAGAGUCUUUCGCAUUUUCAAACUCUCCCGCCACUCCAAGGGGCUGCAGAUUUUGGGGCAGACUCUGAAGGCCAGUAUGCGCGAGCUGGGACUCCUCAUCUUCUUCCUCUUCAUUGGCGUCAUCCUUUUCUCCAGCGCUGUUUACUUUGCUGAAGCAGAUGAGCCCAAAUCCCAGUUCAGCAGCAUCCCAGAGGCCUUUUGGUGGGCAGUGGUAUCCAUGACGACCGUGGGCUACGGAGACAUGGUCCCAACAACCAUCGGAGGAAAGAUCGUGGGCUCUCUUUGCGCUAUCGCCGGCGUUUUGACCAUCGCGCUACCAGUGCCGGUCAUUGUGUCAAACUUCAACUACUUCUACCACAGAGAGACGGAGGGCGAAGAACAGGCUCAGUAUCUAAAUAUCCAGAGUGUGCCUAAAGCCAGCUCAGUUGAUGACCUGAAGAAGACCGGUCGGAGUGGCAGCGGGUCAACGCUCAGUAAGUCUGACUAUGUGGAGAUUCAGGAAGCUGUCAACCACAGCGCUGAGGACUUCAGACCCGAAGGCAUGAAAACGGGCAACUGCACUCUCGCCAACACCAACUAUGUCAACAUCACCAAGAUGCGCACGGAUGUAUAAUGUCAGUUAUAGGUGUUGAUUCGCCUGAUGUGGAGUCUGCAGAGACUGGGAAUGGGAGAAAAAGUAUGGCCAUAGAUGACCAGUAUUUGGAAGGCCAGAGCAGAUGAUUCGGCGCAAAGGUCAACAGGAGAAGACCUCACAAUCGCCCGUAUCGAAGGGACCUGGACCACAUCGUCCUUCUGGGAUAUCAUCGGCUUCUGCAUGGUGAUAGUCUUACUUUCCUGACAGUAGUUAUCCAGCUGGCAAAAGUAGCCAAAUAGUAGCCUAAGAAGUAAUAAUCAUUAGAAACCAUCGAAUGAGACGAAGACGACAACGCUCAAUCAGAUCAUCGUAAUGUUCAUUUCAAUGUAAAUUAGGGAUUACUUGAGUACAAACUGGUUGUUCCGACUGGCCUAAGCACAGCAACCCUGUCAUGGGAACAACCGGGAAAGAUCCUCAUACCUGAUUACUUGACGAUUAAAAUCUGUAGGGCACUAACAUUCCCCCUUGGUCUUGUCCAGACCACUGGCCUUUGCUGAGCCUAACACAAUGGACCACAAGGAAGUGCUGAAUCCGCAACAACGCAUUACCUUUUCCCCCUUUCCCUCAGUGCUGCAUUAGUGGGUAUGCAGUCGUGAUGCAUUACCAAGCCUGGUUUGGUUUUUAGUCAAUGCAAACAUCUCUUCAAAGAGUGAAUGUCUCAUACGUGAAUCACGUUUCAUCAGGUGAUAUUUUGGCCUGAUUCUAUGAAAUGAACAAUACGGGAUACAAAAGUAUGUAAAGCGCAUUCAACAUUAGUGCCUAUUUGCGUAUUUUGUGUUUUGUUUGUUUAUCGUUGUACCUUUAAGUGUCUCUUUAACUGCCACACAGACCAAUUGCUACAGAAAUACUGCGUAGUUUAACACCACUGCCCAACAAAAACAAAGCUGUUCUUAACUUCAUAGCAUUCCAUCUUUGUAGAAAUGGACACAAUGUGAAAUUGCAACAAUGUGGUGAUAUUUUUGCAUUUUUUUAGUAAUGCUUGCGGCAGCUGAGGUAACAACUUAAAUCUAUCGCUAGUUAAGACGCUCAGUGUAUUAACCCUACAAGCCCAAGGAAGCAUGAGUGACGACAAGUGAUUAAUAAUAGAGGAAGAAUUAGCAAGCUUUGUAGAAGUAGGCUUUGGCAUUCAAUACAGUAAUAAUGAAAUUAUUUGAUUUGCUCGCUGUUAUAUAUUGGAAGAACGCAUAUGUCCAUAAAUUGGUCAUAUACAGUAUAAAGCGCUGGAAAAAUUUACAAGAUGAGAUUUGGCUAUAUAUAAAUAAAUGUUUGAGUAAAACGAAAAUUUUCUGAGUGGUUUUAAAAAUUUAUGAUGACCUAACUCCCAAAUUCACUCCAAAUAAUCUGAUUAUUUGCAGAAAAUUUGAAAUGGUGAAAAUAGAGAAAAACAUUCUUUUGAUCUCUCAAUUUUUCUAGAGCAUAUAUACUGUAUACAUACUACAUAAAGGUUAACAAGAAACCAAAGACAAUCAUAGCGCCACCUAGAUUGGCAUCUUGGGUUGUAAAAUAGAUGCAAGUUCAGCACUUCUAAAGUACACUUCAAUGUUUGUACCCGUGCACUUUGAACAAUCGUUCCGAUGGUGCCCAUGAGCUUUUGCAAAACUAACUUACAUUUUUCAUCAGCGUUGAUCAAACUUAUGCUAUCCUGCUUUUGUAGUGCUGCAUGUCUUUGGACGUUAUCAUUGUAGCAUGCAUCAAUAUGAAUAAUAUUAGCAGAUGGACUCAAAUAUACUCCAAUGUAUUUAUGGGCAUCGGCGUAAUAUGGAGAAUGUGGAAGACAUGAAUGUUUUGUUUCACGAUUUCAGUGUGGAAUACAUCUUUGGUUUCGGUCAGUGACAUGAGUUUCGAGCCACGUGAAAGCACUCAUUUUGCCAAUUUAGGAAGACAAAGGUCGACGAGCAUUAUGGCAGAAAACACAAUUGCCGAUGUCAUUGUUUUUCUUCAGUCAGGUGUGUCGCCAUCAAAAAGAGUCUAUCAAUGAGGGGAAAAUAUUGCGUAGCUUGCAUACGGCGGUGCAAAACGCCCAAUGCCGUUCUUUACUCUUCAAAUUCAUCGCAGCGCACUGUUGACAGACGUGAAUGUCAUCAUUUGGCACAAGUACACAUACAGAGCACAAUAAAGUAGUGGCGCAACGGUUUGCUAACUGGGGAUCAGGUGCGGAUUCAUCAAAAUGAAGUACCAGGAAUUAAUAUGAGGAUAAAUAAAUGAGACUCACUGCCCAUAUGUUUUUCUGCCCGAUGGGCAUUUUUAUAGCAUUAUGCUCCUGUGUGUCUCUAUGUAAACAUUUCCUGUCGAGACUGACACUAAAAUUGAGAGGCAAUCAAAGAUCAACACUCACAUACACAAUCGUUGCUUUCAAUGAUAUUCAAAAUGUCCCAAGCUCCAAAUUUACAUUGAUUUCUUCUAUGUAAAUAAGGGAUUAAAGUGGGUGCUCUCACAACUUUAUCCAACAUAUAGUACAUGCGGUUAAAGUGUAUUUUGUACAUUUAGAAUGCUCUGUUAUAGGAACCUCUUGAAAAAAAAUAUUUGGGAGGCAUAGCUUCAAGGAGAAUAUACAUAUUCAUGAGGCACUGCAUUGUUUUGCACAAUUUGUUAUUGUUUGCUUUCCUGUGUGCGUGCGUGCUUGCAUGUGUGUGCGUGCGUGCGUGUGUGAUGUGCGUGUCUAUGUGUGUGUGUGUGUGUCUGUGUGAGCGUGUGUGUGUGUGUGUGUGUGUGUGUGUGUGUGUGUGAUGUGCAGACUGUUGAUUAUCUGCGAAUUAGCAUUCAUCAUGCCCUUCACAAGGACUUCCAGUGAAUAACUACAAACGCACUAUACAUAUGUCUAGAAAAAUAUUCAGUCAUUCAAAAUGAAAAUGGACCUUUUAAAUGUAUUAUUGGUCUUGAUGAUAAAACAAUAACAAUAUCCUCAAGCUAUUGUGUCUUUUUUUUCUUCUGACGUUUCACACCCUUUGAUGUGACGAAAUUGUUAGCGUUAUUAUGAAAUGAAUUAUUCCAAUGGUCAAGAUCUAAAUAUAGUGACUUGUCACCGAUUCGAUUUAUUUUCCUUCAAGA